AUGAAGUCCAGUCCUGCCAUCCAAGCUGCCAUUGACCUCCCAGCGGGGGCUGCAGGGGGCACAGCAUGUGUGCUGACCGGGCAGCCCUUUGACACCUUGAAAGUGAAGAUGCAGACGUUCCCUGACCUGUACCGGGGCCUCACCGACUGCUGCCUGAAGACCUACUCCCAGGUGGGCUUCCGCGGCUUCUACAAGGGGACCAGCCCAGCGCUGAUCGCCAACAUCGCCGAGAACUCGGUCCUCUUCAUGUGCUACGGCUUCUGCCAACAGGUGGUGCGGAAAGUGGUUGGAUUGGAGAAGCAGGCCAGGCUGAGAAGGCUGGUCAGUAAUGCACCGUGGAGAAGGAGGUGCCCUUAUGUGCUGGUGUUCUUCAGGAAGAUGCUUUUCAGAUGCCGCUGGUGGUACUGCUUCUCUUGUGGGCACGAGGGCUGGACGGGAGCCACAGGAAUAACGGCCUUAUAUUCUGGACUGAAACCCACAAUGAUUCGAGCGUUCCCUGCCAAUGGGGCGCUCUUUCUGGCCUACGAAUACAGCAGGAAGCUGAUGAUGAGCCAGUUUGAAGCCUACUGA